GCCAACAGCUAGCGAUAUUCGCAUUUGGCCAACUGAACAGAGACGGAGGAAGCAGAAGCGUACAACGAAAUAAAUUUCUCUUGUAUUAUUUUCGUAAGCGCGGAUCUUCCAAAAAAAAAAAUUUACUGCUUUAAAAAAGUACGAACUUCACUCCAUUGCAAACACAAAAGAAACUGCAAGCUCCACUGAUUUUUACAAGGGAUCAAAAAGAAAAGAAGUCAUUGGUGAAAUAUCUACGUACAUAGAGUGCAUUUUUGAUACAAGACAAAAUGAUCGUACCAGCAACAGUAAAUUUUCUAAAAUCAAAAUGGCGUCUCUUCAUUUCUGCUCAUCCUCUGGCCAAAGGUGUUAUCGCUUAUUCCAUUGUUUGGCCGACGAGUAGCUUCAUGCAGCAAACGCUUGAAGGCAGACAGCUGAAGGACUACGAUUGGAUGCGCAUUCUGCGUUUCGGACUUUUCGGUGGUCUUUAUGUGGCGCCCACUUUAUAUGGAUGGUUGCGUGUGGCCUCAACAAUGUGGCCACAAACCAACUUACGCGUUGGAGCACUCAAGGCCAUUGUCGAACAAAUUUCCUACGCACCAUUCGCCAGUACCAGCUUCUACUUCGGCAUGUCGCUGCUGGAGGGCAAAGGUUUCGAUGCUGCCGUUGCAGAGGUCAAAGACAAAUUUCCAAAAACCGUAAAAGUAUGUAUCAAAUACUUGAUUUGUGCCAUAUUGUACGACCAAUUCUCGGGGGUCUUUGAUGUACAUAAAACAAUGCGCAGCGGUGAGAAUCCAUUGGGGAUGUAUGAUGGUGCCUGCACAAAAAUGCUGCAAAUUCCAGCGUUGGCGUAA